AGCCGACUUCCGGCGGUUGGACUCAGAGGACAGAGUGGCGGGCAUGGCGACCAAGCGGCUGGCGCGGCGGCUUGGAUUAAUUAGGAGAAAGUCAGUUGCACCAGCAAGUGGGAAUCCAGGAAGAAGCAGAUUCAAACAGACGUAUGACUACUUAAUUGUUAUUGAUUUUGAGUCUACAUGCUGGAAAGAUGGGAAACACCACAAUAGCCCUGAAAUAAUUGAAUUUCCAGCAGUUUUGUUGAGUACAGCAACUGGAGAGAUUGAAUCUGAGUUUCAUGCUUAUGUACAGCCUCAAGAACAUCCAAUUCUUUCUGAAUUUUGCACAGAACUGACAGGGAUAAAGCAGGUUCAAGUUGAUGAAGGAGUCCCUCUGAAGAUUUGCUUAUCUCAGUUCUGUAAAUGGAUUCAUAAGAUUCAGCAGCAGAAGGAAAUCAUCUUUACUACUGGGGAUUCAGAGCCUUCUUCUGAAGUAAAAUUGUGUGCUUUUGUUACUUGGUCAGACUGGGACUUGGGGGUUUGCCUAGAGUAUGAAUGUAGAAGAAAGCAGCUCUUAAAACCUGUUUUUCUAAACUCGUGGAUUGAUCUUAGAGCAACUUACAAGCUUUUUUAUAAGAGAAAACCCAAAGGACUAAAUGGCGCCUUGCAGGAAGUGGGAAUAGAAUUUUCAGGACGGGAACAUUCUGGCUUAGAUGAUUCUAGGAACACUGCUCUUCUUGCUUGGAAAAUGAUCAGGGACGGUUGCCUAAUGAAAAUUACCAGCUCCUUGAACAAGGUUCUCACUAAGAAGAAUCCCAAGAUUUUGGUCCAAAAUUUGGGUACAGAUCAAAUUGAAGAAACAUCUGCCUGCAACGUUAGCAUCCAGGGUCCCAGCAUAUAUCAAAAGGAGCCCAAAAGUAUAGUAAAUACCCAGGAAGAUGCUCAAAUGAAUUUAGUUUGUGUGAAUUCGUCUAUAAAGAAACAAUUACAACUAAAGAGUAAUACUAAAGUGGAUCUUCACAAUAACAAAUGCUGCAUUCCUCUUUGCACUACUAAGCCCUCAACUUCUGGGGAACAAUUGGGUUCCCCCACUUUGAUGCAGAAGCAAAGAAAAAGUGAGCAACUUGCAUUGAAUGACAAGUCAAAGUCCUCAGCACUUAACUCCAACUUGGUACUUGUAUCUACGACCAUUCCAUCUGUUAAUGUUGUUUCUAAUGGAGAAGUGGGCUGUACUUUUGACUGUUUACCUAUGUUGGCUGAGUGGGAAGAUGUAGUUUUACUUCCAUCAUCUCAAGCUGAACAAGAUAAAGAUUGUGUGCCUCCGAUUAGUGACACAAAUGUAGAUACUUCUUUUAAUUCUGGAGAGAGAUCGAUGGUUUUAAAAGAACCAGAAAUUCUUAGUUAUGAAAACUUUGAAGACCUCAAGGAAACUCCUCAAAACUUUGAAAUAUCUAAGUCUAUUGUGUAUAAGAGUCCCCAUAGUACCGUCUAUAAUGUAAAGGGAGCUAAACAUUCAGGUUCAGAUGCUUCUGCUUUUAAAUUACCUGGAUGUAAACCAUUUACCUUCAACAGUCUUAAUGCCAAUGCAUCGCAUCCUUCAGUUUUGAGGAAACAACCUCUUCCCUUAGGUGGUACUAAAAGGAAUUCACCUAGUCCCCUACCUUUCCCACGAGCGAAAAAGCAAACCUUCAGUAUUCAUGAAGAAAAGCCUGCAUCAUCUACUUGCUCCCCAGGAGCCUCUUCCCGGAAAGUUCUUUCCUCCAUAUUAACACCCAUAGUUAAUCUACAAGAGCCUUGGGAGAGUGGGAAGAUGACACCUCCCUUAUGCAAGUGUGGCAGAAGAUCUAAGCGGCUUAUUGUUUCUAAUAACGGGCCAAACCAUGGGAAAGCCUUCUACUGUUGCCCUGUUGGGAAAUACCAAGAAGACAGAAAAUGCUGCGGUUAUUUUAAAUGGGAACAAACACUUCAAAAGGAAAGAGGCAAUAGCAAAGCUCUAUCUCGUUCCUCAGAAGGACUCACUUUCAGCUCUCCAGAAACAAGCCAUAUUCAUGACAGAAAUUUGAGUAUUCCUGUUAAAAAUCCUUUACGACUCAGACCGUCAAUGAGAAAUUGAUAAACUCUCAUAAAAGUGUCAGGUUCGAGUUCCGAGGUCUCAACAUACUUGGAGCUAUAGCCACACCGAGGCAGUUCACACUGAUAGAAGGAAGCAGAUUGCAUGACUUCCACUCUUGCCCAGAAGUCGUCUAUCAACUGUCUGUUGUCUGUUCCUGUUGGAAUCCUCGUUCCUUACAUUCCCUAGCAUGUGUAUUUGGAUUAUGUCACAUAACUAUAUUUCAUAUAUUAACAUUUGCUGAAUUUAUCAAACUAUCAUGAACCACAAGGAAAAAAUACUUUUAUAAACCAUUUAUUAGGUUAAAUUUACUAAGUAGCCAUAGUGCGUGACAGCUGUCUCUUAUAGAUAGACCUUGAAGCAAAUUUCAAACUACUUUCAAAUUACUUGAAUAAAAAUAGGACUAAUAAAACCCUUACUCAAAUUUCAGGUAAAUAUUCUAAGAAUUAUGAUGAUUUUCUAAAAACAAGUCACUUAGUUUUUUUCAGAGCUUGAAGAUUUGUUCUGAUUUGUAUAUUAACAUAUUAGAAUUAUUCAGUUAAGUUUUGAAAACCAGUGAGGCAGAGAUUUGCUUUGGAAACUGCUCCUAAAAUAGAUUUUAAAACAUCUCAGCAACCAAUGACAUUGUUUUAUGUUGCCAAAUUACAGGAACAUUUACAUGAAAGUAUAAGGAUUGACUGUUUGAUUUCAGAAUUCAGUCUCUGAUGUCAUUACUACAAAAUACUUUAAAUCCAGUUUAGAAGCAACCUGCCCAUUUAACCGGUGGUUCCUGCAGACUUGUAGACACUUCGUUUGUUUAUAGAUAUGCGGACGAUUAGUGGAUAAGUUUAAAUGGUUUCCCAUUCUUUUUUCCUUAGUUCAUUUCUUUUGACCUUCCCACUGACAGUCUUUGGCAGCUCUUCAAUAAAUUCUAUCUGUUGGCAUUAAAGGGAGGAAAGAAGUUAGUCCAGCGCUUGGACGCUUUAGUUCAUGCCAAUUAUUUAAUAGCUCUUUUGGCUUCUAGGUGAAAGGAUGGUUGAAGUUUUUCUUUAGUAUUAUAAGCUAAUUGACUGAAUUAUAUUAGGGGCUUCAGUUUAACCUCAAAAAUUUUGAUUAUCUAUUAUCAUUAGUUCUAUUUGGACCUCUUGUGUAGCAUAUUUAAGGAGAAAGGUCAUUUAAAAGGGAAAAAAACAAACAGCUGAAAAAUUUUCCAAAGCACUGAACAGAUAGUUGUACCAGGGAUGCCUACCUUUCUGGGGUAUUUGUAUGGCGCUGUAGUCUUUUUCACAUGCUCCUGAAUCUCCUUUUUCAGUUGUUCUCGAUCAUGUGACUUGUAAUCAGGAUUCAGAACAAUAAAAGCCUUUACUACCUAAAGUAAA